CACAACAAAUGAAGCAUCAGGUAAAUAUAGAAUUUACCAUUCUUUUUCUGCUUGUUAUAUGACAGAAUGAUCCUCAAAUAUGCUCUAAGUGUUUUAUAAAUUUUGGUAUAGAAUGCAAAAGAGAUGAAGAAAAUCCAUUCCAGCAUGAGACAGUUACAAGCAGAGAUGAGAGAGAUAAGUGAGGAUCAGAAAAGCAUUAGAGAGGGACAAAGGCAAGUUAGGGGAAAACUUGAAGCCAUAGAAUCCGAAUGCCAGAAGCUACACCAUGAGACUAAACUCAUCACGCAGCAGAGUGCCACUUCCCGUGGCCGCCACUCUCAUGUUUCAAAUUCUAAAAGCAAGACAAACUAAUGAUUACCCCACUGCUACCGCCCUCACUCAGAUGCUUCGGUUCCCCUAUGUUUGCUGGCAAUUACUGUAUAUAUUUCCUGGAUGUGUUGAAGUAGAAUGCUAUCGUUUGUUUUCGUUUCUUUUCUUUUCUUGGUAACUAGUACAAUGUUAUAGCCUCUUUUCUUUGCUGUAAAGAGAAUUGUUUAUUUUGUUGAUCGAGAUUAUGCUUAAGUUGAUCAAUCUUUGCUGCCAGACAUAGCAAAACUUGAUUAAUUUGGGUGUUUUCACAUUUUUAAAGUCUUACUUUCAUUUUUUUAUAUCAUGUCUUUUAAUUUAUCUAUACAAAAAUUAAAGAAUAAUUUAUUUA